GCGCGUAACGGGGGCACGUGCGUUCGUUUAUGCCUCGCUCCUCAGGAGCGCACUGCCUCCGCCAGAAACAGAAGUCAGUCCGCAGAGCUCUGCCAUCUGAAGUUUCUCACUGCCUUUGCUUCGGAAUUUCGUUUCGGACAUAAACGGGAAUAUCAUAUAGAGGAGCAUUGCUUUAGUAAACCGGACGUUUCAAUUCUGCGUCCUUUGCGAUAGUAGAACAUCAGCAUUGGGAAUAUGCGUCUGUCCACCCGAAACCACCACGAGUAAACGGUUCCUACGGAAACCUGGGGUUUAGUUCCCCUCCUGAGCGGAAUAGAGAACUUUUCCCUCUGUAUAUGAGGUUUUGGAUUAUUUAGACCUGGAAAAAAAGAAUCAUGGUCCGACAAACGCUGGAUACAAUUUGGGAUUUUUAAGGUCAUAGAGCGUUUAGAGCAGCAUCGGUAUUUUAAGAGGACUGAGAAUACAGUAAUUUGGAGGGAACAUAUGACAGCACGAGCGGCACCCUUUAACGCACGCGGACUCCCUAUCAGAAACAGAAACAUGUAUAUCUAUAUCUACGGCUUUCUGCUCUUUUUAGAUGAGCUAGUGUUCUCCAUGUCGGGCUCUUCCGCUCUCUCUGAGUCUGGGAACCAAGACUCAAUGGACUGUUUAAGAGCCACUGAGAAGUGUAACCAGGACCAAAAAUGCAGCCAUCGCUUUAGGAUCAUGAGGCAGUGUCUGGCAGGCAAGGACAGGAACACCAUGUUGGCCAACAGGGAUUGCCAGGUAGCCCUGGAAGUGUUGCAGGAGAUGGAUCUGUUUGACUGCCGCUGCAAGAGGGGAAUGAAGAAGGAAAUGCAGUGUCUGCAGAGUUACUGGAGCAUCAACAUAGGCCUGACUGAAGGUGAGGAUUUUUAUGAGCCAUCUCCUUACGAACCCAUGACGCCUCACCGACAUUCAGAUGCAUUUCGCCUGGCGUCAAUCAUCUCAGGCAUACAUUCUGGCACAAGUAAAGGCCAGCCACACUGCUCAGAUCCCAGCCGCCCAUGCAACCCUUGUCUGGACGCCACCAAAGCCUGCAACCUCAACGAAAACUGCAAGCGUCAGCGCUCCAACUACAUCUCCACCUGCACCCGUGCGCAGACGCAGGGCCAGCAACCCUCACAGUCUCAGUCACAGGACAGCUGCAACCGAAAGCGCUGCCAUAAGGCCUUGCGUCAGUUCUUUGAGCGUGUUGACACGCAAUACACCUACGGGCUGCUCUUCUGCUCCUGCAAGGACCAGGCCUGUGCUGAGAGGAGGAGACAGACCAUUGUACCCUCUUGCUCAUACCUGGACAAGAGCAAACCCAACUGUCUUCAAUUGCGCAACACCUGCCGCUUGGACGUCCACUGCAGGUCACGACUGGCUGAUUUCCACACAAACUGUCAGAUGACCCCUCACUCCAUCAGCAGCUGCCUCAACGAUGACUAUCAGGCCUGUCUUGCGUCUUACACCAGACUGAUCGGUACAGACAUGACUCCUAACUACAUGGACGCAGCUCACUCAAACUUCACCAUCUCUCCCUGGUGUACCUGCAAAGGCAGCGGGAAUCAGGAAGAGGAGUGUGAGAAGUUUCUACAGGACUUCAUGGAAAACACUUGUCUCCGAAAUGCAAUCCAGGCCUUUGGCUAUGGGUCGCUACCCAAGCCUGAUCCUCAGCCUACUACAGGCUCAGUGAAACCAGAUCUUGAGCCCACUGCCAAUGUCCCUAAAACAACCAUGGAUCCUGGGGAGGAGCUUUUAAAUGAAUUUGAUUGCUAUUCAGUAAAAGACUACAUCUGCCAAAAUGAGGUUCCUGGAAGCCCACCUAACACAAGAGUAGAAGACCACAGAAAUUCAAGUCCAGGCACAAAAGCCCUAACUGAUGUUUUGAUGCUCGGUCUGUUGUUUGCUCUCGGAAACCUCACUAUGUAGAACUACCUGAGCUUCAUAAGCCAGCACAGUGAGGACAAGGCUGAUGGAAACCCCCUCAUGAUCAUCUUCAGACCAAACUCACGCCUCUCUCCUCUACUGCAGCUUUCUUUCUCUCUUUCAAAUAAACACCAAACAGAAAGAACACAGAGACACAUAUCGAAAAGACCGCUGCAUCUUUGCCAUGGCCGAACGAGAAAGUUGCAUAGCGAAUGAGCAAACGGCCAAGAAACAGAUAUUGCGUACUUAGCCGCUUGAUUCCAAAGUCGAAGACCUGUUAGGUGCCUGAUUGGUGGACCUGCAAUUAAAGACCCAGGCACAAAGCUUUCCAGUCUUCUGUACUACUUCCUGCCGCCCACACCACCCAUGAAAAAAGGGCGCCUCGCAGCACCCAUCAGGCCUGAAUUACCCAUUGUCUGGCACUGUAUUACACCAUCUCUGAGAGGCAUUCUCAAUCCCGGCCCACUGCCCAUUUAUUGGAUUUGCCGCGCUCUUCUUUGACAGCUGCUUUAGCUUUCUCAUUGUGAUUAUUCCUUUUCAGUUCCGUCUUUUUUCCUUCUUUUGUCCACCAGUUGAACAGGAGUAAUUACUUUCCAGUGGUUCUUUUAAACGUGAAGUGUUUGAAGUUUAAAUCUGUACCCUGUCGACACGGCGUGAGGUGGAUGUCACAGGCGACGGCUCUCUUAGUCGCAUUCUGUACUUAGUUUGACAGAUUUGAAAAAGAAAAGGAAUGUUGAGAUGAAGUUGAUGAAAACGUACCAGUGGAUCAACGGGAGAAGUAGAUCUUAGCAAACGGCUUCCGUGUGGGUUCACGAUGUCGAUGGGCUGCCCACACAUGUAUAAUUUUGUCUGUGAAUAUGAAUGUUUUUCUUUCCAAAAGUACAGCUGUUAAUUAUUAUGUGUUGUCUUUAAGUGAAAGAUGAUGAGACUCUAGAGAAAGUUCUAGACGAGCAGUGGGAGUGACAAGAACUGCAUGACUGAGAAAAACCUGGAGGUGCUCAUACCACUAACCAUUAAUUGUCAUGCCAUAAUCGGUCUCUGGUUAAAUUCAGUUAUAAACAAAAAAAACCCUGACAAAGAAGGCAAGCGUUUUGGGACAUUCAUCGUCAUGUGAAUCAUUGUGUGCGAUUUCUGAUGUGGCCUUACUCUUUGUUUUUCCUCCUCAUUAUUUUCCAGUCGCUGUGUGGAGAAGGUCGAUGCCGAGUUUUGAUGUUCGGAAUGUUUCUAAAAAUGUACUCGCCCCAAUUCACAGUUUCAGUAAAUGCACUCGAUAUGUAUGACUCUUUUAUCAACAUUCCAAACACUGAAGUUAUGAACAAACAGACAUCGAUAUAUAUAUAUAUAUAUAAAUGUAAAGUUCAAAACUAAAAAAAAAAAAAAAAAAAAAAAAAUAUUAUAUAUUGUGUCCUAGGCUUGUUAUAUCCGUAAAAUUGCAAAGCAAAUGAUAUGAACAUUCUUUGUGUAAAUAUGACACUAAUGCAAUGGAAACACAUUAAAGAUUUGUCGUAUCAGUGGGGAUCCAUCUGUCAAAACAGAUUAAAACAUCAACAGGCAAUUUUUUUUUUUUUUUUUUUUUCAUUAAUAGAUUUAAUACUUUAUAAUACCAAAAGCUUUAUGAGUAUUCUAAGAUUACAUUGUUUCUAAAAGGAUGCAGUGAUGUAAUAAUCAGCUCUAUUUUACCAGAUGCUAAAAAAAAAAAAUAAUCUUUUCUCAUUUGGUGUGAAUGUUCCUAGACUUACUUUUGUUGAAACAUCUGGAAUAUAUAGACAUAUAAACAGUAUAUUUUUGAAGUAUGCUGCCUUUUUGAGAAAAAAAAAAAAAAAAAGUAUAUAUAUAUAUAUUUUAAGGGAGCUAUUAAGUCAAAAUGCAGGUUUGUCAUUGUUGAGUGAGAACAAGAACAAAUUCAAAUAAUAAGAAAAAUGAUCUUGUCACCAGACACUGACAUCGCAAUCUCUACUUUGAAAUUAUUUUCAAAACUGUGCUGUCAUAUUCGGUGGGAACAAAAGUUAGCGGUGAAUGAAAUCUAAAAGAAACACGAUGUAAAUUUUCUGAAAGGUGUCAGAGGUGUCACAUUUAGUCGUAUACAACCUUUUAACAAAAAGACAAAGUGAAUCUGCAUCCGCCACAUAUUCCCCAAAACAGUGUUGAUACUGUACUGGAUAUCAAAAAAGGCCUACUGGGGUUUGGAUAAUGUUAUGACUGGUGGAUACAGAAGUGUGUGAUUGUUGAGUGUGUGCGUAGCCUACAUGUACAGUACGUUUGUGAAUAAGAUUUUUAGCUAUGGUCAGCCGGGGAGGGGAUUUGGUAUCAGGGAGAGACCAUUUGACGAAUGUAUGCUUCAGAUGCAAAGAAAUGAACUAUGAAAAAGAGUAGCACUUCACAGAGACAUUCAAUGGAGCUUUUGCUGUGUCACAUGACUUUGAUAAACCAUUGUGAUUUGAUCACCUCUGGAAUUAGCAGAGUUCUACGUCAUCUCAUCACUGCUUUGAUGUAAGGGUCACCUCCCUUUGUAGACUGCUGUGAGGUCCAGAUAUGCUAAUGCUGUGCUUGUUUCCUGAUCAAUAAAGCCACUUCACUUUUUAA